AUGGAUUCGGCAAAGAAGGCAGUCGAGUCCGUCACCGAGGGCGUCAAGAAGGUCGCCAUUGGCGGCCCCAAGAAGGAGAAGAAGCCCAAGGGCGGGGCUCCCGUUGGCGAUGCUUCCCAGCGAGCUCUCGAGCUGAGCCCCCCCCGAGGGCACCUCGUGGGAAACCACCCCGCCGAUAUCGCCAAGGGCAUCUCCAACAGUCUCUUCAAGCGCACCGUCGUCGCGAGGCUAGACGGUGACCCCAACAAGCUUUGGGAUCUCGAAAGGCCUCUUGAGGCAUCUUGCAAGCUCGAGCUUCUAAACUUCGACGACGAGCAGGGCCAGAUGGUUUUUUGGCACUCUAGCGCACAUAUUUUGGAGACUGGAUUCUACUAUGAGAUGGCUCUCCCCGACGGUGGGGCUAUUCACGAGGCCGAUUGGAAGCCCAUCGAGACCCUCGUGGGCUCAAUCGUCAAGGAGAAGCAGAAGUUUGAAAGACUUGAGUUAUCCAAGGACGACCUCCUCGAGAUGUUCAGCUACAACAAGUACAAGCAACACAUCAUCAAAGACAAGAUCCCUGACGGCACCUACACCACUGUCUACCGAAAUGGCCCUUUGAUCGAUCUUUGCCGUGGUCCCCACGUCCCCGAUACUGGUCGCAUCGAAGCCUUCUCCAUCCUCAAGAACAGUGCCUCCUACUUCCUUGGUUCUCAAGAAAACGACUCCCUCCAGAGGCUUUACGGCAUCAGCUUCCCCGACAAGAAGCGCAUGGCGGAGCACAAGAAGUUCCUCGAGGAGGCUGCGAAGCGCGACCACAGGAGGAUAGGCCAGGAGCAAGAACUGUUCUUCUUCCACCCCCUUUCCCCCGGAAGUGCUUUCUGGCUGCCUCAUGGUUCGCGUAUCUACAACACCCUCCAGGCCUAUAUCCGAAACCAAUACUGGAAGCGAGGAUAUGAGGAGGUGCAUACCCCCAACAUGUACAACGCGGAUCUUUGGAAACAGUCUGGCCACUGGGAUUACUACCAGGAAGACAUGUUUGUCAUUGACGUCGACAAGACCAAGUUUGCUCUCAAGCCCAUGAACUGCCCCGGUCACUGUCUAAUGUUUGGUCACCGCGAGCGAAGCCAUCGUGAACUCCCUAUUCGAUAUGCCGACUUUGGCGUUCUCCACCGAAACGAGGCCAGCGGCGCACUCUCCGGUCUUACCCGAGUUAGGCGGUUCCAGCAAGAUGAUGCCCACAUCUUCUGCCGAGAGGAUCAAAUCAAGGCUGAGAUGGAUGAUCUCUUUGACUUCCUCAAGGAGAUGUACGGCCUACUCGGCUUCACCUUCAAACUCAAGCUUAGCACCAGGCCCGACAAGUUCCUUGGCGAGAUUGAAACUUGGGACCGCGCCGAGACCAUGUUGAAGGAGUCCCUCGACGAGAUGAGUGCUAAGACUGGCGGCGUUUGGGAGCUCAACGAGGGCGAUGGUGCCUUCUACGGCCCGAAGAUCGAUGUCAAGGUUCUCGACUCGCUCAAGCGAGAAUGGCAGGUUGCUACUUUCCAGCUCGACUUCAUGAACCCUCAGUCCUUCAACCUUGAGUACGUUGUCGGCGAAGCGCCCGUGGCCAAGAAGGAGCAAGAGGUCAAGCCUGAGGCUGCUAAGCCCAAGCCCGCGGAGGCCGCUGCUCCUGCUGCCCCCGCGGCCGAGGGAGACAAGGCGAAGGGCGCCUACAGCCGCGAGAAGAACAUGAGGCCGCUCACCGCCGGCUGCGCUCGGCCUGUCAUGAUUCACCGAGCCAUGGCCGGCAGCAUCGAGCGUUUCACUGGCAUUCUCUGCGAGCACUUUGGUGGAAACAACCGCAUGUUUGUCGAUGUCGACACCAGCGGCAACACUCUCCAGAAGAAGAUCCGCUCCGCUCAGCUCGCGCAAUACAACUUCAUCUUUGUCGUCGGUGACGAGGAAAUGCGCGGCCGACAAAUCAAUGUCCGAUUCCGCGACGAUACCUCUACCCAGGAUCGCGGCAAGCCCGUCGCGCUAGACGAGGCCAUCGAGAAGCUCGUCAAGCUGCGCGAUGACAACGGCAUGUACAACCCCUUCCCGCCACGGCGAAACCCGCAGCCGAAGGCGACAAGAAGGAAUAGAGAGAGGGCGUAG